AGAACGAAUGAAUGACUUUAAGAAACUUUUUAGAAAAAUAAAUUCUAGUCAAAUAAAAUGUUAAGAAAUGUCAGUUUUCAAAUUAAAUACAUUGAAGCUACUAAGUUUGUGCGUCAUCAUAUCAUUUAUAUUAAUGUGUAUAAUUAAUAUUCUGCCAUUUUCAUUCGGUUCCUGUAAAUGUGCUGAUUGCACAUCAACUAUUUCAUCUCGUAAUGAUGCCAUUAUUUCAAAAUAUUACGAUUCUGUUGUAGAAAAUACUUCUGGCAAGAAGAAAUUAGCAAUUAUUGUCCCAUUUAGAGAUAGAUUUGAUGAAUUACUCAAGUUUGUGCCUCAUAUGACGAAAUUCCUAAAUAAUCAACAGAUUCCUCAUCACAUUUUUAUUAUAAAUCAAAUUGAUAGAUUCAGAUUUAAUCGCGCAUCUCUUAUAAAUGUUGGAUUUCUAUACACCAAAGAAAAUUUCGAUUACAUUGCAAUGCACGAUGUUGAUUUGUUGCCUUUGAAUGAAAAUCUUAAAUAUGAUUAUCCUAUCGACGGCCCAUUCCAUAUAGCAGCACCUGGUCUUCAUCCAAAAUACAAUUAUCCAACGUUCAUUGGCGGAAUUCUUCUUUUGAAGAAUGAACACUUCGAAAUGGUAAACGGAAUGUCGAACAAAUAUUGGGGAUGGGGCUUAGAAGAUGAUGAAUUCUAUGUCCGUUUGAAAGAUGUAAAAUUAAAAGUUUACAGGCCUCAAAAUAUUUUGACAGGGUCAUCAGAUACUUUUAAUCAUAUUCAUGAUCGAGCUCAUCGUCGGAGAGACACAACAAAAUGUUUUAAUCAAAAGGAAGAAACAAGAAAACGUGACACCAAGACUGGACUUAACACAAUUAAAUAUGAAAUUAAGAAUAGAAAUGAACUCUCAAUUGACGGAAUUAAAGUCACAAUCCUCAACGUUGAUUUGAAAUGUGAUAAAAAUUCAACUCCUUGGUGCGAUUGCAGCAAUCAAGAAUCUUCAAAACCUAUGCCAAGAAAAGGACUAAGAAAAAAGAAAUAAAAAUUCUAAUCACAACUAACUUUGUUUUUUUUAUUGAUUACAACAAAUUUCCUCUGAUAGAAACUUUCUUUAAUAUUAGAUAAAGAUAAUAAAUAAUUUAAGAAUUUAAAUUUGAAAACAAUUUUUAAAACUUUUUCUUGAUUUAUUGCCAA